UUCUGUUAAUUAGUUAUACGCCGUUUGGUAGCUAUCGAUUAUGAGUUUAAGAAUAUCGAUUGUGUUUCACGUAAAUACCACUUGGUGAGCGCCCGGCGGUUGGCUGAUGACGUCAGACAUUCGGCUUGCCGGGAAGAAAAAUUCAGCUGGGGCCGCGGGAGAGUGUGCCCAGCGACCGUCGAGGACAGAGCCAUGUGACGGCGCGGACUGGAACCCGCGCUGGUGGCAUCGGAGGACCAUCAUGGAGCGCUACCUGACCGUGGUGGCCGCGGCCUCUAUGGCGCUGCUCGUCACUGUGGCCGUGGUGUUGGCUAUCCUGGUAGCACAGCAGCAGCAGGCUGACUCGCUGCCACCCAUGACGGCCGCGGUGGCCGACAACAAGACGGUGAGCUGCUCCAGCGCGCAGAGGCAGGAGGUGUGCCUGACGCCCGGCUGUGUGCACGCAGCGUCCAGCGUGCUGGAGAGUCUGGACACGGACGUGCACCCGUGCGACGACUUCUACCAGUUCGCUUGCGGCCGCUACGUGAGGGAGAAGAUCAUACCCGACGACAAGUCGUCCAUGAACCGCUUCAUCGUGAUCAACGACCGCCUGCAGGAGCAGCUGAGGCUGAUCAUCGAGGAGCCCGCGCAGCCGGGCGAGCUUAGGCCCUUCCGCCUCGUCAAGCAGCUGUACAAGGCCUGCAUGAACAAGAGUCUGAUCGAGGACCUGGGGCUGCAGCCCAUGCGCUCCCUGCUGGACCAGAUGGGAGGCUGGCCGGUCAUCUCCGACCAGUGGGACCCCGCGCAGUUCUCCUGGCUCGGCAGCGUCUACCAGUUCCGCAAGCUCGGCUACAGCGUCGACUUCUUCAUGGACUUCUCGGUGGCCACCGACGCCAAGAACUCCACCUACCGCGCCAUCAACCUGGACCAGGCCUCGCUCGGGCUCAGCCGGGAGUACCUGGUGAAGGGCCGAGAAGACCCCAUCGUGGAGGCGUACCGCCAGUACCAGGUGGACGUGGCGGUGGCCUUCGGCGGCGACAGGCAGCGCGCCGAGCGGGAGCUGGGCGAGUCGCUGGACUUCGAGAUCCAACUGGCCAACAUCUCCCUGCCGAGCGAGAAGCGGCGCAACAUCACGCAGCUGUACAACGCCAUGGACGUGGAGACGCUGCAGAAGAAGCACCCCAGCAUCCCGUGGCUGGAGUACAUCAACACGCUGCUGCCACCUGGCGUGAAGGUCGACAACCAGGAGAAGGUGGUGGUGGCCGUGCCGUCCUUCCUGAAGAGCCUGGAGGCGCUGCUGAGCAACACUCCCAAGAGGACGCUGGCCAACUACGUCGUGACGAGGGCCGUGCUGUCCUCGGUGAGCUACUUGACGGAGGACCUGCGCAGCAAGCAGCUCAAGUUCGCGUCGGCGCUGACGGGCAAGACGGAGCGGGAGUCGCGCUGGAAGGAGUGCGUCGACAUCGUGUCCGGCGGGAUCUCGCUGCCUGUGGGGUCGCUGUACGUGCGCAAGUACUUCAAGGAGGAGGCGAAGACAGCCGCGCUGGAAAUGGUGCAAGACAUCAGGAACGAGUUCGUGAAGAUACUGAAGGCCGUUGAUUGGAUGGACGAGGACACGAGGAUGAAGGGCCUAGAAAAAGCAGCGUCCAUGAUGGUCCACAUAGCGUACCCAGACGAACUUCUGGAUGACAAGAAACUGGAUGACUUUUACGAUGGCCUGGAGCUGCAGCCGCAGCUGUACCUGGGCAGCAUCCUCAACCUCACCAAGUUCGGCACCAGCUACUCCUUCGGCCGGCUGCGCCAGAAGGUGAACAAGACGGAGUGGAUCACGCACGGCCGGCCGGCCAUCGUCAACGCCUUCUACAGCUCCAUCGAGAACAGCAUCCAGUUCCCGGCCGGGAUCCUGCAAGGACACUUCUUCGGGUACGAGCGGCCACGCUACAUGAAUUACGGAGCGAUCGGUUUCGUCAUCGGACACGAGAUAACUCACGGGUUUGACGACCAGGGCCGGCAGUUCGACAAGUUGGGCAACCUGGUGGACUGGUGGGACCCCGGCACCAAGCAGAAGUACCUGCAGAAGGCGCGGUGCAUCAUCGAGCAGUAUGGCAACUACACAGAGGACACGACCGGCCUCAAGCUCAACGGCAUCAACACGCAGGGGGAGAACAUAGCGGACAACGGCGGCAUCAAGGAGGCGUACCGCGCGUACCUGGCGUGGACGGAGCGCAACGGGGAGGAGGGCCGCCUGCCGGGGCUGGACUUCUCGCCGCGCCAGAUGUUCUGGAUCUCGGCGGCGCAGUCAUGGUGCAGCAAGUACCGGCCCGAAGCUAUGCGCCAGCGCAUCACCACGGGCGUGCACUCGCCGGGACGCUUCCGCGUGCUGGGGCCGUGCUCCAACGUGGAGGAGUUCUCGCGCGACUUCGCCUGCCCCGCCGGCUCGCCCAUGAACCCCGUCAGCAAGUGCUCCGUGUGGUGAGCGCCUGGCUCCGGGCCUCCGCUCCGUACAUUACUCCUCCACUUCUUCAUUUUGUCAUGUUACUAAACAUUAGUGUGACAAAAAAUUUGUUACAUACAGAAAAAAAAUCUGAACGUUCGAUACAUUACUCCUUCACUUCUUGAUUUUGUCAUGUUACUACACGCAGAAACAAAAUCUGAACGUUCGAUACAUUACUCCUUCACUUCUUGAUUUUGUCAUGUAACUACACAUUAGCGUGACAAAAAAUUUGUUACGUACAGAAACAAAAUCUGAAAGUUCGAUACAUUACUCCUCCACUUCUUGAUUUUGUCAUGUUACUACACGCAGAAACAAAAUCUGAACGUUUGAUACAUUACUCCUCCACUUCUUGAUUUUGUCAUGUUACUACACAUUAGUGUAGCAAAAACUUGUUACGUACAGAAACAAAAUCUGAACGUUCGAUACAUUACUCCUUCACUUCUUGAUUUUGUCAUGUUACUACACGCAGAAACAAAAUCUGAACGUUCGAUACAUUACUCCUUCACUUCUUGAUUUUGUCAUGUAACUAAUCAUUAGCGUGACAAAAAAUUUGUUACGUACAGAAACAAAAUCUGAACGUUCAAUACAUUACUCCUCCACUUCUUGAUUUUGUCAUGUUACUACAUGCAGAAACAAAAUCUGAACGUUUGAUACAUUACUCCUCCACUUCUUGAUUUUGUCAUGUUACUACACAUUAGCGUAGCAAAAACUUGUUACGUACAGAAACACAAUCUGAACGUUCGAUAAAUUACUCCUUCACUUCUUGAUUUUGUCAUGUUACUACACACAGAAACAAAAUCUGAACGUUUGAUACAUUACUCCUCCACUUCUUGAUUUUGUCAUGUAACUACACAUUAGCGUAACAAAAAAUUUGUUACGUACAGAAACAAAAUCUGAACGUUCGAUACAUUACUCCUUCACUUCUUGAUUUUGUCAUGUAACUACACAUUAGCGUAACAAAAAAUUUGUUACGCACAGAAACAAAAUCUGAACGUUCGAUACAAUACCAUUAAUUUGCCAUAAAAUUAUUCUCACAAAUACAGGAAUUUGUUCUCCACUGGUUUUCAG